GGGUGAGGAGAGCGCCACAGCUCGCUCGCGAAGCGGGACCGCCUGAUCUCAAGCGCUCCUGCCUCUGUGCAGGUUGGGUUAAAAAGAGUCCCUCCCCGCCUCCUCGUCCCAUCAGCUGGAGGCUCCUCCUCCCCAUGCUUAGCCAUCCCCCUGGCACAGGUGAGCGCGCGUGUGCUAGAGCCAGCUGUGGGAGCGCACAUGUGUGCGGGAGCGGGAGCGCGCGCACAUCUGGAGGGAGGGAGCGCAAGCUUUUGGAUUGCUUCAUUCGUCCCGGGCUCCUUGGUGACUCCUCUGCGCUCUCCGGCCCUUUUGCUCCGUGCGCUCCUGUCGAAGGAAGCGGCGGCAGCUCAGAGCAGAAGGCAGCGCUUCUUUCGUCUCCUGCUUCACCACUGGCUUAGCUGGGAGGUGUAACCCACUGGUCCGUCUCCCUCCCUCCUUCUCUCUCCUGCGUCUGGGGCAGCUUUCGACGCCCUCCUGCACUGCAAAGGGGAAUUUGCCCUGAGGCUGUCCGGUCAGCACCAAGGACAGCGCCCGCAGCCCCUUGGAGCCUCGCUGUGGUCGGGCGGCCGCUGGCCGGCACCAUGAGGGGCGAACCCUGGAACCAGAGCGAGCCCAACAGCACCCAGCUAUCCUGUGGCGGCCCCAACAGCAGCCUGGAGGCAAACGGAGGCAGCCUGUGCUCUGCCCACGGCGUCAGCCCUUCCAUGGUCACGGCCAUCGUCAUCAUGGUUCUCUACUCCGUCGUGUGCGUGGUGGGACUCUUCGGCAACUUCUUGGUCAUGUAUGUCAUCAUCCGAUAUACCAAAAUGAAGACUGCUACCAACAUCUAUAUUUUCAACCUUGCCCUGGCAGAUGCCUUGGCAACAAGUACACUGCCAUUCCAAAGUGUGAAUUACCUCCUGGGAACAUGGCCGUUUGGUACCGCCAUUUGUAAGAUUGUUAUCUCCAUAGAUUACUACAACAUGUUCACAAGUAUUUUCACUCUCUGCACGAUGAGUGUGGAUCGCUACAUAGCAGUUUGCCACCCAGUCAAGGCUCUGGAUUUCCGCACCCCCAGAAAUGCCAAAAUUGUCAACGUCUGUAACUGGAUUGUUUCUUCAGCCAUCGGCAUCCCAGUUAUGGUGAUGGCAACCACCAAAGAGAGCAAUGGAUCUGUUGAUUGCACACUUAUAUUCUCUCACCCAGCAUGGUAUUGGGAGAACUUGCUGAAAAUCUGUGUUUUCAUCUUUGCCUUCAUCAUGCCUGUCCUAAUUAUCACGGUAUGCUAUGGGCUCAUGAUUUUACGCCUGAAGAGUGUCCGAAUGCUCUCUGGCUCCAAGGAGAAGGACAGGAAUCUUAGAAGGAUCACCAGGAUGGUCCUCGUGGUUGUGGCUGUCUUCAUCGUCUGCUGGACCCCCAUCCAUAUUUACGUUAUCAUUAAAGCCUUGAUCCAUAUCCCAGAAACUACUUUCCAGACCGUCUCCUGGCACUUCUGUAUUGCUUUAGGGUACACAAACAGCUGCCUUAAUCCCGUCCUUUAUGCCUUUCUAGAUGAGAACUUCAAAAGGUGUUUCAGAGAGUUCUGCAUCCCCACAGCUUCAACCAUGGAGCAACAAAACUCCACCCACAUCCGACAAAACACUCGCGAGCAUGCCUCCACCGCCAACACGGUGGAUAGGACUAACCAGCAGUUGGAACUUCUGGAAGCUGAAGCCACACCUCUGCCGUGACAGGGCCCCCUGCCGUGUAGCAACCCCAAACCAGUGCCACUGGGUGGCUGUGCUAUAAGUGUGGUGGGGAUAUGGAGGAGACUGGUGCUCUCUCUUGCCCGCCUGCCCCAAGGCAAGUGCCUGCAUAUAGUAUCCAUCAGAAUGAUUUGCCCCUGUGGCAAAAUCCCAUUGCACAAAUAACUUCAAAAGAGAGUCUGACCAAAUGGGAACUUUGCACUCAUCUACGGUACUGAGAAAUCGAGCCACACAGAACAUGAUUCUGAGAUUAGACAGCCUUACCUGAAACCAGACUCAACCUGCAGUGGCUCAAAGCCAGAGUAAUCCCAUCUGCCCCCUACUCCACUCCCUAAAAGGAUCAGAGGUAUGGGAAAAGGGAAUCCAGUGGAGAUUAUCACUCAGAAGUACCGUACUUUUCCGUGUAUAAGAUGAGGUUUUUUUUACUCUAAAAUAAUGUUAAAAAUCGGGGGGGGGGGGCGUCUUAUACACGGAUAGUGCAUAUGCGGGACGGGCAAUUGGUUGCAGCUGCAAGCAGGAACUUGUCAGCGGCGAUUGGGUGGGUGAUUAGUGGCUGCUGCAAAGGCUGCUUAGGAUUGGCUGUGGCGGCGGCAAUUGGGUGGCUGAUUGGUGGCUGCGACAAGGGCUGCUGUGGAUUGGCUGUUGCUGUGGCAACUGUGUGUGCAAUUGGUGUCUGCUGGCGGUGAGUGGGCUGACGCUUGUUUUCUUCUGUGACGCGUGAGAUUUCAGUGUCGGGUGAGUGAUUUUCGUGGCUCAACAACUUUGGCAAUCCUCCCCCAAAAAACUCUGGGCCAUCUCACCUCAUUUUCUUAAAUUGAAGUCCCAAAAAGUAGGGGGCAUCUUAUAGACAGAAAAAUACGGUAUAUACCCAAUGCAUUUGCAUAGGACUUGAAAUAGUUCAUUUUUAUCUAUAUGUGUUUAGUUGUGCAGAUUCUCCCCCCCCCAUACAAUUAUUUCCAACAUAUCAUUCUCAGUGAGAAAAAAAUGAUUUUCAAGCUAGCUGCAGUAACAAGACUGAUCAAAGCUACCUCUGAGUGUUAGUGGAGGUUGUAACCCUCAUCUGUUGAAGUCCUCCAUUUCACUAAGAUUUCAUCCAAAGAAGAUUCUUCAUCUAUAUUCUGUGCUGACUUGGAAAAACAAUCUCCUUCUUUACACAUUUACAAAUAUUUGAAGUGCAAAAUUAUGGAGUGAGGCAGCAGAUGGAGUGUGGAAAAGCUUUUGUGUUGUUGCUGAAUGUAUGUAUAAAAACAGAAGACAACUGUAAAUAUUGUAAUAUACCAUAGUCAAUACUUGUUUAUUCAGUGAUAGAUUAGGAAAUAAAUUAUAUCCAUAUAUUAUUACAUGUGCAUAAAAUAAUUGUUUGUGUGUGUGAAUAACUACACCUGUAAAGUAGUUGAGCAUUUCUAAUAUACUUAAAAUUGAUUUACUACUUAUGUAGCAGGAAAUUAUAGAUUUUGUUUAAAAUUAAAAGAUAGGCAGCCAUAUUAUAUAAGGUUUUCUCUUCUGUUACCAAUGCCAUCAUCUGCUCCUCUGUUAUAUGAUAGCAGCAAAAAUAAUUCACAGCUUACAAAAGCAUACUCUGUAAAAAAGGGGGGGAUCUAAUCUCCAGAAUAAGCAACAGUAAUAAUUGUCUAGAUAAUUAGUAGUUCUAUAUCAUUUUCUACUUGCUGUUUAAUGUGUGCUGUAAUUAAAUGGUCAAAAAUUACCCAGGAAGCAAAAAGCACUUUGAUGAAUUUGUGUGCAUUAAAAAAGAAAAAUCAUA